CAAACUCGUACUAUUUUGUGUGCAAAAAUGAAACUCCUGCUGCUGGUCGCGCUGGUGGGCUCGGUGCUGGCCGAGGAGCCGAUCGGGCUCUACUACCACGAGAACGUGGGCAUCCCUCUGGCGGCCGCCAUCAAGAGGAGCGAGGAGGCGGGCGACUUCGAUGGAUCCAGGAUCGUCGGCGGAUCGGCCGCAUCCCUCGGCGACCACCCUCACUUGGGUGGAUUAUUGAUCACUCUGCAAUCCGGCGGUACCUCUGUGUGCGGUUCCUCUCUCCUCUCCAACACCAGAGCAGUCACCGCCGCCCACUGCUGGUUCGACGGCCGUCAGAACGCGAGACAGUUGACCAUCGUGCUGGGCUCCCUCCGCCUGUUCUCCGGCGGUACCCGCAUCACAACCUCCUCCGUCUCCGUUCACGCCAACUACAGUCCCAACAACUUGAACAACGACAUCGCCAUCAUCAACCUGAGCUGGGUUACCUACAGCAACAACAUCCAACCGGUCAGGCUGCCCACUGGCUUGACCAACAACAACUUCGUAGGCAGUUGGGCUUGGGCGGCUGGUUUCGGACGCACAUCUGACAGCACUGGAAUCUCCAACAACCAGUUCUUGAGCCACGUGCAGCUGCAGGUCAUCACCAACGCGGUGUGCGCCUCCACCUACGGCACCAGCGUCGUGGUCAGCUCCACGCUGUGUGUGAGCGGCGCUGGCGGACGCAGCACCUGCGGCGGUGACUCUGGCGGUCCUCUGUGGCUGUGGAACAACAACGAGCGCACACUGAUCGGUGUGGUGUCGUUCGGCUCGGCGUCCGGUUGCCAGCGUGGCUUCCCCGCCGGUUUCGCCCGUGUCACGUCCUUCCUGUCCUGGAUCCAAGCUAGAUUGUAAAUGUGUCCGCCUAUUUAUGCUAUUCAUUUUAUUGAUUAAACAUUAAAGUAAUUACAGCGGUCUAAAAA